CAUCUCGCGCUGCAGGCUCCGCAGCAUUCAGCACAUGCUGGUAACUUAGCAAUCUUAGUGAGUAACAGGGGACCCUGUUUCUUUCUUUCAGGUGACUGGCCUGACAGGGGCUUCCAUGCUAGACAUGGCUCCCAAUGCAUUUGAUGAUCAGUAUGAGGGCUGUGUCAAAGAAAUGGAGGAAAAGGCACCUGGGUUUUUAGAGGAAGACUUCAGCAAGAAUGAGGAAUUAAAACUUGAGUGGGAAAAAGCAGAGAAAAGAUGGAAGGAGAUCAAAAACAGUACAAGUUAUCCAGAAGGUUUCCAUGAUUUCCAUGGAACAGCUUUCUUAGCCUACACUGGGAACCUUGCUGUACAUUUUAACAGAGCUGUUAGAGAAUUCAAGAAAAAUCCUGGUAACUUCCACUACAAGGCCUUCCAUUACUACCUAACAAGAGCUCUUCAGGUUUUGAAUAACCAGGAUUGUCAUUCAGUUUACCGAGGCUCUAAGACCAAGUUUCAUUACCCUGGGAUGGGCUCUGUGCGAUUCGGGCAGUUCAGUUCUUCAUCUUUAACUAAGAGUGUAGCUCUUUCUCCAGAAUUUUUCAGUGAUCAUGGGACACUAUUUAUCAUCAGAACCUGCUUGGGGGUUAAUAUCAAAGAAUUCUCCUCAUUUCCUCGUGAAGAGGAGGUGUUAAUUCCAGGCUAUGAAGUAUAUCACAAAGUCAGAACACAAAGUGAAAAAGGGUAUAACCAAAUUUUUCUGGACUCCCCACAAAGGAAGAAAAGCAACUUCAAUUGCUUCUAUAAUGGUUCUGCUCAAAUAGGCAACAUUGAUUUCAGCAUCUCAGGAUCCAGAGAGAGCUGUGUAUCCCUGUUCCUUGUGGUUCUCCUCAAUCUUCUGGUCCAGCUGUUUGCUCUUGCUGAGCUGUAGCCCUCUCCUAUCUGCAGUUUGUGGGUCUGAGUGCUCAAGGGAGGCCAAGGGGCAAGCACUUGAUUGGUUGUUUAAGAUCUGUGGAAGGAGUAAGGGUGGGAUCCUUUCAUGAGAGGUCUGCUUUAGCAUUUAUGAUUUUCAUAAGCAUCCUAUGAACCAACUGGGUCAGUCAUUAAAGUUUACACCUGGC